GACCACUGGGUGCUUUGAUGACGUCACUACUAUGCGUCGUCAUAUAAAGGUCGGAUCAGAUUCCAAAUAUCAUUCUGAACAGGUCACAGCUCCAGAGCGGUUGUGUAGCAUAAACAUCCCUUCUGACAGUAUUUAGAAGGACUCAUUCUUUUACCGACAGGAACUUGGUGAGUAGCCUAUCACAGUCAAAAGCUGAAAUCAAAUCAGUUUUAAGAGACAAUCCAUAUUUUGAACUUGAUAAGAUUCAGUUAUCAGUCACCAGUCUUUCAGCUUCAGGAUUCAGAACUGGAAAACAGCCAAUUAAGCUAAAAUGCCUCUUAAGUUUUACAAAAACGAGAUCCUUACCGGGCGAUCUGGAGUUUAUAUUCUUAAGAAAUUUCUGGGAAAAGGUAAUUUUGGUGCAGUUUACAAGGGUUUAAAACAGGGAACAGAUGAAGCAGUGGCUCUGAAGUUUAUGGAUCGCCGUGACUCGGCUUUCGGAGAAGUCAUUAUAUUGGAACAUCUCAGAGAACUCCAGGCUCAUGAGAACGCCCUGAUUAAGUUCAUCGAUAACUUUGUUCACAAUGAUCGCAACUGUUUAGUGUUUGAGAUGCUGGAUAUGGACUUAUUUGACUUAAUGGAAAUUAGACAGAAAAAACCACUAGAUGUCAGUGAAGUUCGGGUGGUUGCCCGCGACCUGCUGGUGGCUCUGAACGCACUGAAGAAUGCUGGAGUGACUCACGCAGAUAUAAAACCAGACAAUAUUAUGCUGGUUAAUCACCAGUCGCAGCCUUUCAGAGUCAAGCUGAUAGAUUUUGGGGUUGCUAUAGAAACAUACAAACUACGGCGUUAUGAUACCAUUCAAGUGUGUGGUUUCAGAGCACCAGAGGUGAACUUAGGUCUCCCUCUGACUGAAGCCAUUGACAUGUGGGCUGUUGCUUGUACACUGACCUUCAUCUUUCUUGGAGAUCAUAUUCACAAUACUAUUUGUGAGUUUAAAAAUAUGAGGCAGAUCUUUAAGCUCCACGGUCUGCCUGACCAGGAUUUACUUGGCAAGGGAACGAAAGUGGAUCGCUUUUUCAUUUUUGACCAGUCAAACCAAACUUGGAGGUUUAAAACACCACAGGAGUAUACGGAGACGAUAAUCAUCGAUGGCGACAAACAUGAUGUUGCGUUAGACUCUAUCGAUGACUUUUUAACAAUUCAUCCAGAAAUACAAGACCCCUUUGAGUUAGAAGAUCUGCAGGCUUUCGUAGACCUCCUGAAAAAGAUGUUUACAGUGAAUCCCUCAGAGCGGAUCACUCCAGAAGAAGCUCUAAAUCACAGAUUUAUAACAAUGAGCCACCUUCCUCCUACCAGCAAUAACUCAUAUGUGAUAUGGGCAUAUAAAAAAAUGAAAGUUUAUCGAAUGGAGAAAGAAGAACCGAGCAUAUCCCCUGAUUUCAAUGUAAGACAGACUCCUGACAGAAAAUCAGAUAUCUUUGAUUUCAAUCCAUCUGAUUCUGAUCUGUCGGACUCAGAUCUCUCUGAAUUAGAAGAUUCUGACUCUGGUCUGUUCGAUUCCGGUCUGUCUGACUUUGAUUCAUCAGAUUGUGAUCUGUCUGACUUUGAUUCAUCAGAUUGUGAUCUGUCUGACUUUGAUUCAUCAGAUUCUGAUCUGUCUGACUUUGAUUCAUCAGAUUCUGAUCUGUCUGACUUUGAUUCAUCAGAUUGUGAUCUGUCUGACUUGGAUACAGAUGAAGAAUCUAAUGAGCCAGCGAACACAUCAGAUUUUCAACUCCUUAAGAUUCAGGAAGCUAAUUUAGCAGAUAUGAAGUUGCACGAUCCAGAACUGGAAGGCAGCAGAAGAGACAGACUAGAUGAAACAUCGUUUGAAUUAUACAAAGAUCAAACAAUCACUGGGGAAUCGGGAGUUUAUAUUAUUCAAAAAUUUUUGGGUCGUGUUGCUUUUGGACAAGAGGUCAAGGGUUUAAAACAGGGGACAGAUGAAGUUGUGGCUCUCAAAUUUAUCCACAAAGACAACAGUGAAUCAGCUACCGCAGAAGCCACUAUAUUGAAACAUCUCAAGGAGCUCCAAGCUGACCAGAAGAACCUGAUCAAGUUAAUCGAUCACUUUGAAUUUAAUGACAGCCUCUGUUUAGUGUUUGAGAUGCUGGACAUGGACUUAUUUGGUUUACUUAAAACGAGAGAGUGGGAACCACUAGAUGUCAGUGAAGUUCGGGUGGUUGCCCGCGACCUGCUGGUGGCUCUGACCGCACUGAAGAAUGCUGGAGUGACUCAUGCAGAUAUAAAACCAGACAAUAUUAUGCUGGUUAAUCAUCAGUCGCAGCCUUUCAGAGUCAAGCUGAUAGAUUUUGGGGUUGCUAUGGAAACACACAAACUAUGGCGUUGUGAUACCAUACAGGUGUGUGGUUUCAGAGCACCAGAGGUGAACUUAGGUCUUCCUCUGACUGAAGCCAUUGACAUGUGGGCUGUUGCCUGUACACUGGCCUUCAUCUUUCUUGGAGAUUAUGUUCACAAUACUAUUUGUGAGUUUAUCAAUAUGAGGCAGAUCUUUAAGCUCCACGGUCUGCCUGACCAGGAUUUACUUGGCAAGGGAACGAAAGUGGAUCGCUUUUUCAUUUUUGACCAGUCAAACCAAACUUGGAGGUUUAAAACACCACAGGAGUAUACGGAGACGAUAAUGAUCAAUGCCGACGACUAUGAUAUUGCGUUAGACUCUAUCGAUGACUUCUUAACGAUUCAUCCAGAAAUACAAGACCCCUUUGAGUUAGAAGAUCUGCAGGCUUUCAUAGACCUCCUGAAAAAGAUGUUUACAGUGAAUCCCUCAGAGCGGAUCACUCCAGAAGAAGCUCUAAAUCACAGAUUUAUAACAAUGAGCCACCUUCCUCCUACCAGCAAUAGCUCAUAUGUGAUAUGGGCAUAUAAAAAAAUGAAAGUUUAUCGAAUGGAGAAAGAAGAACCAAGCAUAUCCCCUGAUUUCAAUGUAAGACAGACUGCUGACAGAAAAUCAGAUCUCUUUGAUUUCAGUCCAUCUGAUUAUGAACUGUCGGACUCAGAUCUCUCUGAAUUAGAAGAUUCUGACUCUGGUCUGUUCGAUUCCGGUCUGUCUGACUUUGAUUUAUCAGACUGUGAUCUGUCUGACUUUGAUUCAUCAGAUUCUGAUCUGUCUGACUUUGAUUCAUCAGAUUGUGAUCUGUCUGGCUUUGAUUCAUCAGAUUCUGAUCUGUCUGACUUGGAUACAGAUGAAGAAUCUAAUGAGCCAGCGAACACAUCAGAUUUUCAACUCCUUAAGAUUCAGGAAGCUAAUUUAGCAGAUAUGAAGUUGCACGAUUCAGAACUGGAAGGCAGCAGAAGAGACAGACUAGAUGAAACAUCUUUUGAAUUAUACAAAGAUCAAACAAUCACUGGGGAAUCAGGAGUUUAUAUUAUUCAAAAAUUUCUGGGUCGUGUUGCUUUUGGACAAGAGGUCAAGGGUUUAAAACAGGGGACAGAUGAAGUCGUGGUUCUCAAAUUUAUCCACAAAGACAACAGUGAAUCAGCUACCGCAGAAGCCACUAUAUUGAAACAUCUCAAGGAGCUCCAAGCUGACCAGAAGAACCUGAUCAAGUUAAUCGAUCACUUUGAAUUUAAUGACAGCCUCUGUUUAGUGUUUGAGAUGCUGGACAUGGACUUAUUUGGUUUACUUAAAACGAGAGAGUGGGAACCACUAGAUGUCAGUGAAGUUCGGGUGGUUGCCCGCGACCUGCUGGUGGCUCUGACCGCACUGAAGAAUGCUGGAGUGACUCACGCAGAUAUAAAACCAGACAAUAUUAUGCUGGUUAAUCAUCAGUCGCAGCCUUUCAGAGUCAAGCUGAUAGAUUUUGGGGUUGCUAUGGAAACACACAAACUAUGGCCUUGUGAUACCAUACAGGUGUGUGGUUUCAGAGCACCAGAGGUGAACUUAGGUCUCCCUCUGACUGAAGCCAUUGACAUGUGGGCUGUUGCUUGUACACUGGCCUUCAUCUUUCUUGGAGAUCAUGUUCACAAUACUAUUUGUGAGUUUAUCAAUAUGAGGCAGAUCUUUAAGCUCCACGGUCUGCCUGACCAGGAUUUACUUGGCAAGGGAACGAAAGUGGAUCGCUUUUUCAUUUUUGACCAGUCAAACCAAACUUGGAGGUUUAAAACACCACAGGAGUAUACGGAGACGAUAAUGAUCAAUGCCGACGACUAUGAUAUUGCGUUAGACUCUAUCGAUGACUUCUUAACGAUUCAUCCAGAAAUACAAGACCCCUUUGAGUUAGAAGAUCUGCAGGCUUUCGUAGACCUCCUGAAAAAGAUGUUUACAGUGAAUCCCUCAGAGCGGAUCACUCCAGAAGAAGCUCUAAAUCACAGAUUUAUAACAAUGAGCCACCUUCCUCCUACCAGCAAUAACUCAUAUGUGAUAUGGGCAUAUGAAAAAAUGAAAGUUUAUCGAAUGGAGAAAGAAGAACCGAGCAUAUCCCCUGAUUUCAAUGUAAGACAGACUGCUGACAGAAAAUCAGAUCUCUUUGAUUUCAGUCCAUCUGAUUAUGAACUGUCGGACUCAGAUCUCUCUGAAUUAGAAGAUUCUGACUCUGGUCUGUUCGACUCCGGUCUGUCUGACUUUGAUUUAUCAGAUUCUGAUCUGUCUGACUUGGAUACAGAUGAAGAAUCGGCAUUUGAAAAAAGGAAAGUUUAUAUAAUGUAGGAAGAGGAAACAAGCGGCCCGUCACCUGAUUUCAUCGUGGGACAGACCGCUGACAACAAAUCAAAUCUCUUUGAUCUGAAUCUGUCUGAUCACAAUCUGUCAGACUCAGAUCUCUGUGAAUUAGAAGAUUCUAACUCUGAUCUGUCUGACUUAGAUACUGACGAGCCAGUGAACACGUGAGAACUGGAUGUUGACAAGUUUCAGAAAGCUGAUUUAUCAAACUUUAAGCAGUACGAUUCGGAACUGGAAGCCAGAUGAAGAGACAGCCUAGAUGAAAUGUCAUUUGAAUUAUACAAAGAUCAGACAAUCCCUGGGGAUCCAAGAGUUUAUGUUAGUCAAUAUUUUCUUAGAUAAGUUUAUUUAGACAAGUGGUCAAGGGUUUAAAACAGGGGGCAGAUGAAGUCGUGGCUCUCAGAUGUGUCCACAAAGACAACACGGGAGCAGCUACCAGAGAAGCCACUAUAUUAAAACAUCUCAGGGAGCUCCAAGCUGACCAGAAGAGCCUGAUUAUGUCAGUCGAUCACUUUGAAUAUAAUAGGAGUGGCUGGAUAGGCCUAGAAAAAAAUGUGGGGUCUGCACUUCAGAUUAGUCAGUGUGUUAGCUCUAGUAGAGUUCAGCCUGUGGCGUUGCAUUGCACGUUCCUUUAUUCUUUCUCAUAAAAAAAAGCAAAAAGUCCAUUACACUCAGAUCAAAAUUGAAGAAUGCAAAAUUAGUUACACUACUGUGGAUACAGAGGAAGAUUCUCAGGAGGAAACUUCAAACUUAGCAUUCAAAGUUUUAGCGUUUAGUGUUAGCGUUUAGUUUUAGCGUUUAGUGUUAGCGUUUAAUUUUAGCGUUUAGUGUUAACGUGUAGUUUUAGCAUUUAGUAUUAGCGUUUAGUUUUAGCGUUUAGUGUUAGCGUUUAGUUUUAGCGUUUAGUGUUAGCGUGUAGUUUUAGCAUUUAGUAUUAGUGUUUAGUUUUAGCGUUUAGUGUUAGCAAUUAGUUUUAGCGUUUAGUGUUAGCGUUUAGUUUUAGCGUUUAGUGUUAGUGUUUAGUUUUAGCAUUCUAAAACUGGGUUAGGCCAUAACAGGGUUGGGGUUAGUUGGGUUAGUGAUAAAGUAAACAAAAAAUAAAAAAAAUAAUCCUCUACUAUUAAUCGCCACCUUAUCGCGGUGUAGGGGUUUGCGUGCCCUGAUGACCCCAGAAGGUAUGUUGCCUGGGACUGUUUGUCCCUGUUAGGUUCUGCCAUGGCAACUGGGCUCUGGGUCAGGGGCCAGACUAAGAGCGAUUAAUUAAUUCUUAUUAGGACUACAAAAGCAGUGGAGAAAAACUCUCUCCAAGACUUUUUAAAUGAUUGAGUUUUAGUAGUUACGUAGUUGGUAUAAAAGAAAAGUUUUCACAGAAAAUAUUUUCCGUUAUCUAGAUCAGUGGUUCCCAACUUGACCCUCCAAAGGGGUCCCCACAACUGUGUCUGUGCUGAGGUUGUUGGGUUACAAAGAUUAUUUAUUAUUUGUAAAAAAUUACUUUUCUAAAAUCCCAAUUACACGCCCAACUGUGUAAUCAAAAAUAUGUAUAGGAGUUACAACACCGCAUGUCUGUGCAGUUUGUAACUAAUCAUGUGUGAUGUGUGUUGGUAGAUGGGGUUGGGGGGGUCCUGGCUUGUUUUCAACAUUGGUACGGGGGUCUUCAUGGUAAACAGUUGGGAACAACUGAUCUAGAUGAAAUAUGGUGUUUACUAAUUUAAAAACUGUAGAAAUUUUAAAGUAGUAUAUUUUAUUCUGAAAGUAUUUACAGGAAGUGCCAAUCAUCUUGUUUAACUUGAUAUAAACGCUGUGGUAACAGCUUCUGUCCGCAAGAGGGCGGAAACAUCCUUCAUCGUGAAAGUCAGGCAAUGAAGGGUUUGCUUGUUUCAACCAUCGACAUGUGGUUUCUACCCAGUUGAUCUGAAAAAUUACAUAAAUCCCUUCAGUCAAAUGCUGAUUACAAAUAAACCAAUUAAAAAUCAAUUUAGACAGAAACAUGUAUACAAACGUAUUUCUAUUUGUUAAUGCUUAUUUUGUGCAUUUGGUUUAGUUUUAUUUCUGAAUUUCAGAGGUUAUUUUUAAAGUUAUUGAUGAAACAAGGACCAGUAAGUAGACUGGAUGCGGUCAAAACUCCAGAAGAUGGCAGUAAUGCAGCUGUGCUGCUAAACAGCUCUUUAAUACCAGGACCAUUUGUCACGGUCCGUGGUGAGCCUCCUGCAUGUAAUCUGUUUGUUCUGAGUAUUGUUGUAGGUGGGUGUGUCUGAGAGCCACCAGCUGCAGCUGAUCCCGUCAUCAAGGCCCAGGGGAUUUAAGGAGCAGCGUGACACUUCACCACGCCGGAUGAUUGCUCAGCUUUGGGUUUCACUCCACCCUCCACCAUCUCAAUACCAGCUCAGAUUCCUGCACUUCAUCUCAUGCUGUCUCCUCCCCUGGCCGCCCGCUCUCAGCCGCUCACCUGCACCCACCAAGCCUCUGCUCCUACCUCCUCUCAUAUUCGACAGUCCCUCCUCCUUCUGGAGCCUUCCUGCUCACCCGGACCUGACCUAGCCCUUCCAGAGGCUCUCACCACUAUCUACAUCAAAUCCUCUCCUGGAGCCUUGCUGCCAGCCUGCACGUCGCCUGUUCCCGUUCCUCUGAUUUAAUAAUAAAGAACGUUUUACUUA